UUCUAAUAUGGCAACUGUAUUUUAUCAGCUGUGUGUCAAUUUGAAAAUGCGUUUGCGCCGAAAUUACCGGUGUUAAGUUGUGCAAAUUCAUAACUACUUACUAAUUAAAACAACAUAAGUUUUAUAAAACACAGCGUUGCUGGAAUUAAAAUGCAACGAGAUAUUCGAUCGUUUUAUAAAAACACUGCACCACAAAAGAAAGUUGAACCAUCGAAUGACGACGAUGAUUUACUCAAUAAGAAGCGCAAAAAGCGCACUGCGCGAGUUAUAUCCAGCGACGAGGAUGAAAUACCAGAAAGUCCCAUAGCUAAAGGGAAAACUCCAGCAAAGAAAAAGCGUACAGAUGAUAAAUCACCGCAUAAUACACAAGCACAAAAUAAUAAAAAACCGUCACUUUCCAAACUGAAAAAUUCUCCUUCAAAGAAGCUAAAGGCAGUCGAUCCUAAUGCACUUUUCGGCGGUGAAACAUUACGUGUUGAAGCCAAGAAACCACCACCCCCUAAAAUAGCAGCUGUAAUCGAAUUGGAAGAUGAUGAAAUCAAUAAGAGUCUUAUGGAAGUGGACCUAGUUGAGAAUACUCCACCAGAUAGCAAAGAUAAAUUAAGUGAUAAGCGGGAGUCGCGACGUUCAAAGUCAAAAACGCCACGAAAGAGUCCUCGCAAAGAAAAACAACCGCCAGUGAAACCGGAAAAAUCAAUAGAUGUGCCCACACCAAAGAAGGACAAACAAGAAAAAGAACAGACUGUGGCUGAUGAAAUCAAAAAAGAAAAGAUUGCAACACCUAAAGCGCAGAACAACAAGGAGAAAAGUACACCCAAAGCCAAAAAACAAUCUCGUGAAGAUUUCAGUGUGUUCUCCGACGAAGAACGCCAUGAACGAAAACGCAUGUCAGCUAUCCUCUAUCAGAAAUAUAAAAAUAGAGCUAGUGUUAUUAAUCCUGGCUCUAAGGAAGUUCCUAAGGGUAAACCAAAUUGCUUGGCAGGACUAACAUUUUUAGUAACCGGAGUACUUGAAUCACUUGAGCGCGACGAGGCGGCUUCAAUAAUUAAAGAGUUGGGCGGUAAAAUGGUGACAACGGUGGGUAAAAGGCUAAACUAUUUAGUUGUUGGAGAGGAAGCAGGCCCCAAAAAAUUAGUUCAAGCCGAGGAGUUCGGUAUAAAUGUCAUAAGUGAAGAUGGCCUAUUCGAUCUGAUACGUGAAAAAUCCGGAGACCGGUCAAAACAAGUGGUCAAAGAAGAGACGCAAACUGAAAAAACUAUACUAAAAAGUCCUAAGAAAGAGAGUAAAGUGGUGAAAGAGGAGAAACAAGAAAGCACUAAAAAAGAAAAGAAAACUAGUGAUGAGAAAAUUAAAAUACAGGCUCCAAACAAAGACAUUAAAACUGAGAAAUCUCCUAGUAAGGACGAGAAAGUAACAGUAAAAAGAGAGAAAGUCGAACCUGAUGUGGGUUAUAAAGUACAAGAAGGCAAUGUCGAAACGAAAAAAGAAAUUGAUGAUUCAAUGCUUCCCUGGGUCGACAAAUACAAGCCGACAAGUGUGAAGGAAAUCGUUGGACAAUUUGGCGCAACAAGCAACGUGUCGAAAUUAACAAAUUGGCUCUCCAAGUGGUACAUCAACCAUGACGGCAAAAAGAAAUUACAAAAGCCCAAUCCUUGGGCUAAAAACGAUGAUGGUAGCUUUUAUAAAGCGGCAUUACUAUCAGGACCGCCGGGUAUUGGUAAAACCACUACUGCUACGCUGGUAUGUAAAGAAUUGGGUUUUGACACAGUCGAAUUCAAUGCAUCAGAUACGCGUAGUAAGCGACUGCUGAAGGAAGAAGUAGCAGAGCUGUUGUCCAACAAAUCGCUUUUUGGAUAUUUCCAUGGUCAAGGCAAAUCAGUUACGAAGAAACAUGUUCUUUUAAUGGAUGAAGUUGAUGGUAUGGCUGGUAAUGAAGAUCGCGGUGGUAUACAGGAGUUAAUUGCGCUAAUCAAAGAAUCCUCGGUGCCAAUUAUUUGCAUGUGUAAUGAUCGUAACCAUCAGAAAAUGCGUUCACUCGUUAACUAUUGUUACGAUUUACGUUUCAAUAAACCACGUACGCAACAGAUCAAGGGACGUAUUUUAAGUAUUUGCUGUAAAGAGGGAUUCAAAAUUGAUGGCGAUAAGGUUGAUGAAAUAAUUGAAGCAACUAAUAAUGACAUACGCCAGUCGAUAAAUCACAUUUCGCUACUGAGUGCUGGAAAAUAUUUAAAACUACCAACUAAAGGAACCAAUAAAACCGCAGAAAAGGACUUAAAAAUGGGUCCCUGGGAGGUGGUGCGUAAAGUAUUCUCUGCAGAGGAACAUAAACAUAUGACAUUGAAUGACAAAUGCGAUUUAUUCUUCCAAGAUUACAGCAUGGGGCCAUUAUUCGUGCAGCAAAAUUACUUACAAGUGUCGCCUGUCGGUUCCAAAUCGGAUAUUCCAUUCAAGGUAGCUAGCACAGCAGAUGCGCUAAGUUUGGGUGAUUUGGUGGACAAACGCAUACGUUCAAAUUCCGCUUGGUCACUGCUGCCAACCCAAGCCAUCUUCAGUUCCGUAUUGCCAGGAGAGUACAUGAGUGGGCACUUUACAGGACAAAUAAAUUUUCCUGGUUGGCUGGGUAAAUAUUCGCGUUCGAACAAACGUAGUCGUCUAGCACAAGAGAUUCAUGAUCACACACGUUUGCGAACAUCUGCAUCACGUCAGUCCAUACGUCUGGAUUAUGCACCUUUUCUGCUGGCAAAAAUCGUGCGUCCGCUAAAAGAAUUGGGUAUGGAAGGAGUGGAGCAGUCAUUGGAAAUACUAAAAGAAUAUCAUCUACUGCGAGAGGAUAUUGACUCGCUAGUCGAACUUGCAACAUGGCCGGGCAAAAAGAGUUUGUUGGAGGAAGUAGACGGUCGUGUGAAGGCCGCUUUGACACGCACAUACAAUAAAGAAGUACUUGCCUAUUCAUAUUCAGUGCAUGCAGGAGUGAAGAAAAAGAAAGCUGAAGCGACUGAGGAAACCGAAAUGUAUGUCAUGGAUGGAGAAGGCGAAGAAGUUGGAGAUACGCCACUUUCGGAUGAGGAGGAGGACAAAAUAGAAAAUGAUGGAUUAAUUAAGGCUAAAAAGGCCUCAGCUUCCUCGAAAGCCAAAGCAGCUCCAAAGGCUAAAGCUGCUACAAGCAGUGCAUCCAGUAAGAAGUCGGCAGGCAAGGCAUCAACUUCGAAGGCAAAGAAAUAAUCUGCAUGGAAUUCUCUAAAAAUCUGAAUUUUGUUUUCGCUAUUUUUAAAAAUGAAUAGUACAACAUUUCAUUUUGAUGUAUCUAUUUUCAUCUGUUUAUCGAAUGAAUAAAUACAUACAUCGUUUAUUUAUAAUAAAAAUAUUAGGUAUACUUAUA